AUGUACCAGCCAGCGUUACGAAGUGAAAAUGCGGGCCCCCGAGGAGACCCCGGCUCCAGUCACAUCAGCGAGCCAUUCCUAUUGGUAGCUGACUAUGAUGGAGAAACCAUUCUUCAAGUUAACAUCACUUCCGGAUCGACCACCACGCUUCCGCUCGGAGAUGUAGGACAGCCCGCCGCCCCGGGCUACGACCCGCUCACGGACUACGUGUACUGGGCAGAUGACCGGAACGACAAAAUCCACCGGGCUCGUCGUGAUGGAAGUGGCAGGGAGGCCAUCUUAGACAUCAGCAGUAACACCAUCUCAGUUGCAAAUAUGAAUGGAUCGUCCACUAGAACACUUCUUACGUCAUCAGCCGUCAGCAGUCCUUAUGACCUGGUUCUGGACCCCAGGAAUGGACUCAUGUACUGGGCGGACGAUGGUAAUGGCAGAAUUUACCGUGCUGCGAUGAACGGCAGUAACCCAACCACCAUCAUCACGGGCGUGACUGAUUCCCGCGCCGUUACAAUAGACUAUAGAGAGGGCCGGCUGUACUACUCUGAUGGGGACCGCAUGUACAGCUCAGACCUGCUGGGUAACGAUAUCCAACAACUGCUGUAUGAAUCCGGGAAGUUGGUGUAUGGGAUUGCUGUUGACGAGAACUACGUCUACUGGUCGUCUGCUUGGCGUGAUUCAUCAAAGACAUGGCACGGGAAAGUCGGAAAGUUAUCCAAGUCAGACUUGACCAAGACUGUCCUGGUGGAGGGUCUGGAAUCGCCAUACGGCAUCUGCCUGUCCACGGCAGCGCCUCCUGGCGUCACCACUGCGACCCCUACAUCACCAGCAACAACAACUGUGAAGACAAGCACAGCUCCAGUCACUACACCUUCGACUGUGGAGCGAAUCACGACUCCGGUCAUUACAUCUUCGACUGCGGAGGAAAACACUGCUCCGGUCAUUAUACCUUCGACUGCUGAGGGAAUCACGACUCCGGUCAUCAUGCCUUCGACUGUGGAGCAAAGCACGGCUCCGGUCACUACGCUAUUGCAAGGCGGUAAGUAG